AUGAGAGUACAGAGGCAAGCAGACAAGCUCUACAAGAAGGAAAACUGCCAGCAUUUGAAACAUUUGAAGACGUGGAAGAAGAGUGGACUUCAACACAAGGGUAUCUGUGGCUCCUGCUGGGCCUACAGUGCUACUGGGGCUCUGGAGGCCCAGUGGAAGAAGAAGACAGGACAGCUGAUUCCUCUGAGCAAGCAGCAGCUGAUUGACUGCACUGCAGGAAUUAAGGGCUGCACAGGAGGGUGGGCCAGCCUGGCCUACGACUACAUUAUCCAUAACGAAGGGAUCCAAGCUGAGGCCACCUACCCUUAUGCCAUGAGAGAACAGCCCUGUGCUGCUGAUAAAACCAAAGUUGUUGCCACAGUGGGAAGCUGGAAAUUCCUCCCUAUAGGCAGUGAACAGGCCCUGGAAGACGGUUUAGUGACUAUUGGGCCUGUUGCCAUCAGUAUAGACACCACAAGACCAAGCUUCCAGUUUUACCGUAGAGGAAUCUAUUAUGACCCCGAGUGCUCUGUGUGGAAACAAACCCACUCCAUGCUUCUGACCGGCUUUGGAACCGAAGGAUCUGAGCAAUACUGGACCAUCAGAAACAGCUGGGGGCCAUGGUGGGGGGAGGACGGCUAUGUCCGACUGGCCAAGAACAGGAACCGGCACUGUGGGAUCAGUCAGUAUGGAGUCCUUCCCUUCGUGUGACACCUUCACCGCAAGAGGCACCGCGGAACGGCGGCAGAGAGCAAUAUCGCCGUUUAAUUUCACAAUAUAAAUUGUCAAGUACAGGAAGAGAUUUUUUACUUGUGUUGUUCUUGCCUUGCUGAAACAUCAACAAGAAUGUUUAAAGUCAGGAUAUUUAUUUUUUUAUCUUAUAGGUACAGGUUGCGAAGAAAUCUUAUUUGGCCUAUUCAAAGCACCGCACUUUCACUGUGCAAACUGUGAACCAGAGA